CUGAAGAGGGACUGCUGCGAGGAUAUGUGGGUUAGGUUGAGACAGUCUCCAGAUCAAACCUUUAGUCUUCAGCCUUUUCCACAGUAAGCACCUCCUGUAAGACUUUGGAAUCAGAAGGUCAGCAGUUACUACCUGUAACCGAUAAGAUGGUGGCCAGGGAAGCAACUGGGCACAGCUACCUGGUGGCUUGCUGGCAGCCCAUUCUGAUCCUGAUGCUGGGCACGGUACUGUCCAGCUCCACCACAGGUUGCCCGUCCCGCUGUGAGUGCAAUGUUCAAGAGCGCUCCGUGAUGUGCCACCGCAAGAAACUCAUGAUAGUUCCUGAAGGCAUUCCUGCAGAAACAAGACUGCUGGACCUCAGCAAGAAUCGCAUCAAAACAAUUAACCCAGAGGAGUUUGCGGGCUUUCCUAACCUCGAACACCUGGAGCUCAGUGAAAACACGAUCUCCACAAUUGAACCUGGAGCGUUCAAUAACCUUUAUGGCUUGCGGACAUUGGGAUUGCGAAGCAACAAGCUGAAGCUGAUUCAGCUAGGUGUAUUUACAGGCCUGAGCAAUCUCACAGAGCUGGACAUAAGUGAGAACAAGAUUGUCAUCUUGUUGGACUACAUGUUCCAGGAUUUGUACAACCUUCGGUCUUUAGAGGUGGGCGAUAAUGACCUGGUUUUCAUCUCCCACCGGGCUUUUCAUGGCCUCAGUAGCCUUGAGCAUUUAAGUCUUGAGAAGUGUAACUUGUCCUCUGUGCCAACAGAGGCUUUUACCCACCUCCACAGUUUGAUCACUCUCAGGCUGCGCCACCUCAAUAUCAACGUCAUACGGGAUUACUCUUUUAAACGUCUCUAUCGGCUAAAAGUGCUGGAAAUAGCUAAUUGGCCAUACUUGGAUACAAUGACACCAAAUUGCUUGUAUGGAUUAAAUCUCACUUCUCUGACCAUUGCCAAUGCCAACCUGACAACUAUUCCUUACGUAGCUCUGCGUCAUUUGGUUUACUUGCGCUUUCUUAAUCUUUCAUACAAUCCUAUCCAUACCAUUGAGGGAAAUAAGCUUCAUGAUCUUCUGCGUCUGCAGGAAUUUCAUCUGGUUGGAGGCAGAUUAAUGAUGAUUGAGCCCUACUCUUUCCGUGGCCUGAAUUAUCUGAAAAUUCUAAAUGUUUCUGGAAACUCCCUUAGCACUUUGGAGGAGUCUGCUUUCCAUUCAGUCGGCAACCUAGAAACCCUUGCAUUGUACGAUAAUCCCCUGGCCUGUGACUGCCGACUCUUGUGGGUUUUUCGACGGCGCUGGAGACUGAACUUCAACAAACAGCAGCCCACCUGCGCCUCUCCCGAGUUUGUUCAAGGAAAAGAGUUCAAAGAUUUCCCAGACGUUCUGCAGCCAAACUAUUUCACGUGUCGCAAGUCCAGGAUUAGGGAUCGAAGGCCCCAGCAGAAAUUUGUCGAUGAAGGAGCCAUUGUUCAUUUUGCUUGUCAAGCAGAUGGUGAUCCUGCUCCUGCAAUUAUGUGGCUUUCUCCGCAAAAAAAGUUCAUCACUACCAAGACUAUUGGAAGGCUCUCUGUGUUGUCAGAUGGUACCCUUGAGGUACGCUAUGCCCAGAUUCAAGAUAAUGGUACUUACGUGUGUAUAGCCAGUAACGCAGGCGGAAAUGACACCUCUCUUGCCCACCUUCACAUUCAUAGCUACUCACCUGACUGGCCACACCAACCUAACAAGACGUUUGCUUUCAUAUCCAACCAGCCAACAGAGACUGGUGCUAAUGGUACAAAAGCCAACGUUCCUUUUCCAUUUGACAUAAAAACACUGAUUAUUGCCACCACAAUGGGGUUCAUCUCUUUUCUUGGUGUUGUCCUAUUUUGCCUGGUACUGCUGUUCCUGUGGAGCAGAGGCAAAGGCAACACUAAACACAACAUUGAGAUUGAGUAUGUGCCACGGAAGUCAGACGCUGGCAUGAGCAGUACCACAGUGGAUGCUCCUCGCAAGUUUAACAUGAAAAUGAUUUAAACGAGGACUGAAAUUUAAGACGAAUAAGAAAAGAAGACUUUUUUUCUUUUCCCUCUUGCAAACCUGUGGAUAAUGGUGUGGUAACAUAGAGUAAUGUUUUUGGAUUUUUGUUUUGUUUUGUUUUACUCAACUGGUGGACUUGACAAGAGGCCAGUUACUGACUUUUUGUGGGAGGUAAUAUAACCACACCCAGUACCAUGGUCAUUUCUACAAGCCAGUGGGGCAGUCAUUGAAAGUCAGAUUUGUUACAAAAUGAUCAUAUUCCUAUGGAUAACUAAUGGGAAAAAAAGUUUAAAAGAAUAAAAAUAAAAUGUUUCAAACAGCCAAAAUAUGAGAGGCAGAUUACAUUUGGAUAAUUGUUGUCUGUUUGAUUUUCAUUUAAUUUUUUUGUUUUGUUUUGUUUUGUUUUGUUUUUUGUUGCUGUUCUUUUCUUGUAUGGGUUGAUGAGCACAUCCAGACAUGCUAAGGGUUAUAUUUUUUAGUUAAUCUAUAAUACAAUAAAGUUUUGUUAGAAAUGUUAUUACAAUGUAACAAUAGCCUUUUUGUUUCAGCUUUUUACAGUCACAUUUUCCUAUAAUAUGUCUGAAAUGUACUUGUUUCACAACGUUGUAGAAUAUUUACUUGCAAGUAUGUUCCAUAAAAGUUUGGGAAAUAUGUAAAAGCAUUUAUGUCAAGUUAACAAUUUUAAAAAAUGUCAAACCACCGACAUAAAACAGACUUAAUUUGACAGCUUCUAUCCAGUUACCUAAAAGAUGUAAUGAAUAAUGACUAAAACAGACUACACUGUCAAAAACACAAAUGAUUCUGACAAAAAACAGUGCAUUUGGGAAUUAAACUAGGUCAUACCAAAAGCCAUUUUUUACUAAUAUGAACUCUGUGUUGCACAUGAAAAUUCCAGUUGUUUGAUUGAACACAUUUUAUAAAGUCAAUAUUUAAAACAAGUUACAGACAUGAAAAUAAGCAUAAUAAUGCCCAGAUUUUUUUAGCACUAUGUUUUAAGUGGCGUUCAUCCAGUAUGGCCAGAGUCCUCUGUGGCAAAUACAUGAAAUAUACAACAUUACAAAAUUAUGCCCAACAGUUUUGAUGACAUGGUUUAACACACAAUAGUUAGGAACAAACUUUCCAACUAAAUGAAAGGUUUUUGGAUCUUCUGUAGUUCUACUCGGGGUGACCUGUAAAUUAUGAGGGUAAUGUCUUGGAUCUAAAUUUCAAAUAAAUCUGGUUUGAGCAAAAACAGUAAACAAAGAAGCAUUUUGUGUAAGAUCUUAAUUGUUAUUAGGUUGUAGCUUUGGUUUUCAUUAAUACAAACUGAAAGAAAAGAAAACAUCACACCAGGUUAGCACCUCACGUGCUUACUUUAAAAAUUCACUGGUGGUGUUAUUUUCAUGCUUAACACAAUGGCAAAGAAUCAAAAUGACGGUGCUCUAAUCUUAGGAUACAGUGUGCUCCUCAAGCUAUGACAUCUUGUUGGUUACCUCCAAACAUUUUGGUUUUGCUUUAGUUUCAUUCAUGUAUUUGUCUUUAUAAUUGAUGCUUUGUCCAUGACAGUACCUUCCCUCUCCCAGAAAAGCCAUGGAAAUACCUUCCUGGAUCUGUUACAGGUUUGCUUCUCCCCAGAGAUGUGCGUUGUUUGUACGGAGGUGGAUGGGAAGAAUUUCUGCAUAUUACGCUCCAAUUUGGUCCUGCGUAAAAAAAAGAAAAUCCAAGGGUUAUACAGCCUUAACUUUUUAACUGCACACUGCGGACAAGUUGGGCUUUGCAAACACGUCUGAGGAUCAAGUUAUUUAUGAUGGAUGACAUUACAAAUUACGUCACAGUAUGACUGGAACAUGGACAAAAUAUGCAGAUGGGUGGACUGACAGAUGGUUUCACCCAUGGAGCAAUCUGAAGGAGCUUUGGUGCAAUCUGUUUUGCAUAAAAGAGAAAAAAACCAACACUGGAUGUGGCUCACACUUCUCCCCCUUGCUGAUUAUGAAUGCUCUUUGUUCAAAGUGUGGCUACUGUAUUUAGCCUUUUCCUGGUCCUGAGUGAUCUGGGGAUACUGUUUUUUUGAUUUCUGUUAUUCCUACAUUUUAAUUUUGACCCUGGAUUACACUAACUAUGUAUAGUCCAAGCCAACUUUUUACAAAAAAAUAUACUAAAAAAGAAAUCUAUGGAAAAUACAUUCAAAUUGUUCUGUGCAAUAACGGUAAUAUGCAGAUUUUUUUUUAAUUAACACAGUUUUGUUGAUGUUGAAUUGUUGAGAAUAUGGUAUGUUGUAAUAAACAAUCUAUGGACCUUUUUAA